AUGAAUAUGGCACUACCACCACACUGGUCCGCGCGAGCCCAAGAUUCGUCACACCUGACGCUGACUAACUUGUUCGUUGGUUGUUCAUAUUUAUCACAACAGAGAUUUUUUCGGAUACAGAUUUUUCGGAUUCGAUUCCCGAUUUUUUCCGGCUCUUCUGGAAAUCACGUUAACCUGCUUUCUUAUUUGAAAACGAGCAGCCAAGAUGUUGGGCGUGUUGACUGUGCUGGUCAUAUCCAUGUGUUACCCGGUUGACUCCGUGUUUCAGCAACUUUCCUGCACCAUAUUGCAGAGCUGCGAAUGUGACUUCAAGCCCAAUGUCAGUGGCUUUGAAUUGGACCUCUACAAGUACGUCUUCGGCCAACAUCUGGUUCAGGACAUCCUGUCAGAGGAGGUGGUGAAGUUCCUACAGAAUGAGAGCCCUGACCGACCCCUGGUGUUGUCGUUCCACGGAUCCUCCGGUACGGGAAAGACGCUGGUCAGCUCCAUGCUGGAAAAACACCUGUAUGGUUCCGCUAUGAGCAGUCCGUAUGUGCACCUGUUCAUCCCAACGCUGCACUUCCCUUCACCCCAGGAGGUAAAGUUGUACAGGACGGAGUUGAAGAGCUGGGUAAAGGGAAACUUGACGGACUGCCCUCACUCCAUCUUCAUUUUUGAUGAGAUGGAGAAGAUGCCUGCUGGCCUCGUCGAUGUGCUAGAGCCCUUAUUGGGUCCUUCCCGCGUCGAGUUUCGCAAGGCCAUUUAUAUUUUCAUCAGCACCACAGGAGAGGAGGUGAUAAACAAAGUGGCUCUGGAGAACCGACAGGCUGGACGAGAGAGAGAAGAUAUUAAGUCGGCCGACCUACAGGAAGCCAUCGCACUGGCUGUUUACAACAGCAGCACAAGCGGGUUUUUCCGGUCCAGAAUCAUCCGGAAGAAACUCAUCACUCGCUUCGUUCCCUUCCUGCCACUGAGCCGGUGCCAUGUUGAGCGUUGUGUUCACUCACAGCUCUGUCAGAGGGGCAACUGCAACCGCAGUGACGUGGUGGAGGCAGCAGGGGGCGACAUGAUCUACACUCCUGAACAGGGACAGUACUUCUCCAAAACUGGCUGCAAGACCGUCCCAGACAAAAUCAGCAGAUUCCUGUGACCUGACGGGGGAACGGUGGUUGAUUUUGUCACUUUCAGCACCACAAACGGAGACAAAAUGGAAUAAAUAAAUACAUCAUGUAAUUCAUUAAUUAACAUUGUAAUUCAUUUAAUAAAAGUG